AUGCUCAUUUGGAGUCACAGUGCAGUAAAUGUUGUCUCUGCCGGUUGUGUGUUUCAGAAUGACCAGCAGCUGGAUUGUGCUCUGGACCUGAUGAGGCGUCUGCCUCCUCAGCAGAUUGAGAAGAACCUCAGUGACCUCAUUGACCUGGUGCCCAGUCUGUGUGAGGACCUCCUCUCCUCUGUGGACCAGCCCCUCAAGAUUGCACGGGACAAAGUGGUGGGGAAAGACUAUCUGCUCUGUGAUUACAACCGAGACGGCGACUCCUACAGAUCCCCGUGGAGUAAUAAGUAUGAACCUCCCAUUGAAGACGGUGCAAUGCCUUCAGCACGCCUGAGGAAACUUGAGGUUGAGGCAAACAAUGCCUUCGACCAGUACAGAGACCUGUAUUUUGAAGGUGGGGUUUCCUCUGUGUACCUCUGGGAUUUGGAUCAUGGCUUUGCAGGAGUUAUUUCAUUAAGAAGGCCGGGGGAUGGAUCCAAGAAGAUCAAAGGGUGUUGGGACUCCAUCCAUGUGGUGGAGGUGCAGGAGAAGUCCAGUGGUCGUACUGCUCACUACAAACUCACCUCCACUGUCAUGCUGUGGCUCCACAACGAAACUGGCUCUGGUACCAUGAACCUGGGUGGCAGCCUUACAAGACAGAUGGAAAAAGACGAGACAGUUGGAGAGUCCUCACCCCACAUUGCCAACAUCGGACGCCUCGUUGAAGACAUGGAGAACAAGAUUCGCUCCACACUGAAUGAAAUCUACUUUGGGAAGACCAAGGACAUCGUCAACGGCCUGAGAUCUAUUGAGUCUUUGCGUGACAACCAAAAGUACUGGCAGCUCCAAAAGGAGCUGUCACAGGUGCUCACCCAGCGUCAGACCUCCAUUGAAAAGGGGUCAAAGGAGUGUGCAGACUCUGGCUGACAAGUCAAAGCAGGAGGCUCUGAAGGUCGACCUGAUGGAGGCACUCAAACGCAAACAUAACAGCUAGAGAUGCUACUGUCGUUUUCCUCUCUCUCUCUCUCUCUCUCUCUCUCUCUCUUUCUGACUCUCUCUCUCUCUCUUUCUGACUCUCUCUCUCUCUGACUCUCUCUCUCUGACUCUCUCUCUGACUCUCUCUCUCUCUCUGUCUCAUCUCUGCCAUCUUUUCUCUGUUUCUUUACAUCUCUUCCUUCAUGCCUGUUUCAGUGCUGCACUCUUGUUUAUUUGUGGAAAAACAAAAAAGGAGAAAUGCUUAGCUUUUUUUUUUUUUUUUCUCUGUCUGGUUUUGUUUUCAUGCAUCUUAUCUGCCAUGAAGCCAUUCACUCACGCUCUGUUUGUCUUCUCCCCUCUCUUCUCUCUCUCUCUCUCUCUCUGUACCAUGUUAUGAUAGUAUGAUUAGUAUUAUCACGGUUAAUGAUAAUCUCGAGGGUCAUCGUAGUAAUAAAACCCGAUGUUCUCACAGCUGAUGUGUCCUCAGUCAAUUUGUAACGAGCGACUCUGGCCCUGUUCUUCCCCAAUGACGAGGACACAGACUGUGCAGUAGGUGGUGGAGAUUUGGCAGCGGUGUCAUUAUGUUCAUCAAAUUAUAUUCUUGCACCUAUUUUUGUCUGACACCCCCACCCCACUGAUAUAUUUGUAUAGAAUUAAAACUGUCCGUGUAUAACGAGUGGUUAUUCUUCUGGCCGAUGUAAAUGGUGCAAACAUGAGGGCGGCCUUUCUGUGUGAACAAGAAGGUUUUUACACUCUGUCCACAUGCAUGUGAGCCUUUGUGGAGCUGCAGAGGGUGGAAAUGUAAACUUCUCAAACAUAGGGAUGGACUCUUAUCACCGGGUACACCCUCAUCAUAAUCAACUCCCCCCCCCCCCCAAACACACACACACUGUAUAACAUGACAGUUGCUUCCCCUUUGUUCAGCCUGUUCACGUCUUCUCUCUCCUCACCUACUAUGUCUUUGUUGGGGGUCACAGUUUGUCUCGGUGUCACAGUGGAAACCUGUGUUUCCAUUUUGGAGGGGAAUCUUUGUUGUAUUUUUUUUUUUGUUUGUUUGUUUUUAUUUUGUAAAGCUUAUGACUCAUAUUGUAUUAGAGCCUCCAGCAACAAUAAAAAUUGUAAAAAGCUACA